AUGCAGCCUGUCUCUCCAGAAUCAAGUAUAUCGACCGAUGAGCCCAAGGCUUUCAUCCUCAACCUUCUACAUGAGCAUAAUCUGGAGCUCACACCGGAUGGAAAAUAUGUGCGAUGGUUGCGCAAUCACCCCAGGCAUCCUCGAAAUUGGUCUGGCCUGCGAAAGAGCUACGACAUCAUUCUUGUCUGUCUUCUGGAUCUUUUUAUAACUGCAUCUAGCACCGCGGGUUCGGCAGCUGCUGCACAAGCCAGACAUGAAUACAACAUGAGCGCAACCCUUUCUACUUUCAUUUUUGUCACAUUAUUCCUCCUCGGCCAGGUGAUAGGCACUAUCCUAUUUCCCCCAUGGUCCGAGGCAUUUGGGCGCAAGAAUAUGUAUAUUUUUAGCAGUGGCCUCAGUGCCAUUUGCUGUGCAAUCAUCGGUCUCGCACAAUCAACACCACUCGUUAUCAUCAUGCGCAUCAUUGCCGGGCUUCUGUCCGCAAUCCCAUAUACAAUCAUUGGUGGCAGUAUCGAGGACAUGUUCAACUGCCAGGCUCGCAUCUGGACCAUGUACUAUUGGACUGUUGCUUCCAACAUUGGUUUGAUUCUCGGGCCUAUUAUGAGCAGCUAUAUAAUUGCAAGCUUUGAUUGGCGAUGGAACUUUUAUGUCUUCGCCAUCAUUAUUGCGGCCGUCACAGGAGGUCUCUGUUUCAUCCGAGAAUCUCGACCUUCCUUAUUGCUAGCCAAAGAGGUUAAACUCAUCAGCGAUAUGACUACCAUGAAAUCAAUCCCACCACCUCUCAACCACGACCAUAUCCCAGAUUUCAGAACAUUCGCCAAAGAGGCCCUCUUUCGUCCAGCACAGCUCUUUUUCCAAGAGCCCAUUAUUCUCGUCAUCGCAAUAAUGAUCUCCGUGGCUAUGUCCCUUAUCUACAUCUUCACAGAAGCCCUCCAGCCAAUUUAUGUGUCAAUGGGAUUUUCAGAGACUAAAGCUUCCCUGAUUUUUAUCUCGAUUGGCCUGGGGACGUGUCUUAGCACAUUGAUGCGCGUGCUAGAUGGCUACAUUCUCAACUAUCUCCGCAGUCAGGGCCGCCCGAUCAAGCCGGAACACAAACUUCUCGGGCUUGGUCUAGGUGGCCCUUUUCUAGCGAUUGGGCUGUGGUGGUUUGCCUGGACCAUUCCACCGGAUGUACAAACCCCAUGGAUUGUGCCCACAAUCUCCCUUGUUCUGGUAGGCUAUGCGCUAACGGAAAUGGAUACCGUGCUGUAUGGGUAUAUCUCCGAUGCAUAUUUGAGUUAUUCGGCCAGCGCAACUGCUGCGGUUGCGCUUAUGCGGGCACUACUCUCCGGUGCAUUCCCGCUUUUUACGAUGCAGAUGUUUACUGUCUUGGGCAAUAAUAUUGCUAUGUCUAUACUUGCUGCUGUAGCAACCGCGUUCUGCAUAGUGCCACCUGUAUUCAUAUUCUAUGGAGAGCGAAUUCGUCGAGCAAGCAAGUUCGCUCGGUACAGUUGGGAAAUCCAGGAGGAAUUGGGCAAAGAGGAAGAAGAUUGGUGA